AUGCCGUUCAAACGCAAGUCUGAAGGCGCCUCAACAACACCCGCCAAACGAGGUCGCCCCUCGCUCUCAGCGAAGCCCAAAUCUGCCGAGGCAGCUCCCAGUGCUUCUUCCCCUCAGACCGGCGAGAAGAGGAAGCGCGGUCGCCCGCGCAAGAGCACUGAUGAUGUGACUCCUAAUGCCAAAAAGGUCGCCCCGAGUGAUGGCUCCAAGCGCGGUCGCGGUCGUCCCAAGAAGAUCCUCACCCCGGCACAGACUGCUGCAGCAGAAAAGGCUGCAGCUAAUGCGGGUCCUAAGAAGGGCCGUGGGAGACCUCGCAAGGAACCUGGUACCGAGACAACCCCCGCCAAAGAGAAGAAGAAGGAUGGUCGUGGCCGCCCGCGCAAGAGCUUGCCUACCAAUGGGGAUGAGCCGAGUAUCUUUGAUGCGAAGGCUGAUGCGGGCGAAGAACCUCUGGCCGAUGUGCCCAAAGGGAACACAGGUCGUUCAUACUGGUUGAUGAAGGCGGAGCCCGAGUCGCGAAUGGAGAAGGGUGUUGAUGUGAAGUUUUCUAUUGAUGAUCUGGCUGCGGCUGAUAAACCAGAGCCCUGGGAUGGCGUUCGAAACCCCGUUGCGCGGAACCUCAUGCGCGACAUGAAGAGGGGAGACUACGCAUUCUUCUACCACUCAAAUUGCAAGACACCUGCUGUCGUCGGAGUAAUGGAAAUCGUGCAGGAGCACUCACCUGAUGAGGCCGCAUUCGACCCGAAACACCCUUACUACGAUCCGAAGUCCGUCCGCGAUGUACCCAAGUGGGUAGUAGUCCAUGUCGAGUUUCGUCGCAAGUUUGAGAACCAGGUUACGCUGCAUAAACUCAAGGAGAAGGCGGAGGCUGGCAAGCCUCUGGAGAAUCUUCAAAUGGUCAAGCAAUCACGACUGAGCGUCUCGUCAGUGACCCCGGCACAAUGGCGAUACAUUCUCGAGCUGGCGGGCGAGGACCCCAACGCCGAGAUUGUUGCCGAGGAGAGCAAGGAUGGCGAGAAAAAGGAUGACAAGGCAGUGGACAGUGGGGAAAAUGCCGCUGAAGACAAAGAUCCCGAAGAUAAGGACGACGAGGACAAGGAUGCCGAGGCGGAUCAGGACAGCGAGCUUGAGCUCUGA